GUACCAUGUGUAUUUCCCGCCGUACGAUCCGAUCUGGUGUUUACCAGUUUACUGCACGUUUCGCUUGGGGAAAACCAAGAAAAAAGCACAAUUUUUUUGCCUCUAUAAAUGGAUGGAGUAUCCGAUCGAUUGAUCUUUGUUUUCUGAAUGAAUGUUUCAGCCAACUUGCAAUACAAAGUUGUUUCAUGGUAAGAUAAACCUGUAGUAUCUUCAUUGCAUCAGCGUGCGUCGUGCAGUCCAAUCAAGAUGAAUCCCGCCAAUCAACAACAGCCUCCUCUUAACCAACCAGCAAUGAUACGUGUCAUGCGGAGACUGCGCAGAAGGAUGGUACAGGGCAAUGGCGAUGAAGUCGCCGAUCAUUCAGACGAUGACGAACCACUAGAAGAAGAGCAGUUGCGUGAGUUGAUGCAGAGAGGGGCAACCAGCAACAGAACACAGAACAAGACAAGAUUUGCCGAGUUGUUAGCCGUGAAGAAAAGAGUGGCUGAUGGCAAAAAGAUGACUGAGCUUCGGAAGCGGAAAAUGCAACAGAAAAUGACGCCCCUGUUUCUCAACGAUUGUGUCUCGGCUCUCUUCAACAACACUCGCUUGAGUGACGUCACCCUAAAGGUGGGCCCGUACCUCUUCCACGCCCACAAGCUCAUCCUCUGUGCAUGGAGUGAAGUGUUCCGGGCCCAGAUGAACGACAGAUGGUCGUCGAGCUCCCCUAAUGAUGAGCCCCAGGUGCACACGCUGAAUGAGCAUGAAGCCUGCGAGGAGUAUUUUGAGGAUUUCCUGCGGUUCUUCUACACUGAGGAGGUGAAUUUGGAUGAGGACAGCGUCUUUUGCAUCUUGAUUCUGGCUGAUAAGUAUAUGGUGCGUGACCUGAAGGACGUGUGUGAGAAGUAUCUGUUGGCUUUACUGGAGACCUCUACCGCGCCCUUUGUGGAUGCCAUGAAAUCGUUGAAGUUGGCAGAGGACCUGAGCAGGGUCGAGCAGAAGAGCUUCAGCCUGCUGGAAAACCACUUCCACAUGUGGACCACUGAUGACGACGCAGUGCCCACCUUGUACUGGUUUGACGCGGAGCUUCUCGAGAAGGUGCUGCAGAGCUCCAACCUUGUUGUUCCUAACGAGCUCUUCGUCUUCGGUGCCAUCCGGCGUUGGCUGCGUACGGAGAGCUGCAAAGUAGAGCGGGAGGAGUACACCGACCAGUUGCUGUCCUUGGUCCGUUUUGAGCACAUCCCGGCGUCCGUUUUAGCCCACUUGCUCGAUGGCUGCUCUGCAACUCUUGAACCCAAGGUCAAGGAGUAUGUCAUCCAGGCGCUGAAGACAAGGGCACUUGCUGGAGAGGAGGCCUACGAAGACAUGUGCAAGGAAUUCUCAAAUCCUCGCAUGUACCUGGAGCCGGCAUUCUGCGUGCGUAUAACCAACACCGAGUGGCGCAUCGACGACGGGUCUACCUUCAGACAGCUAGAGCUGUGUGUGGAGGACAGCAAGGCAGAAUUUGAUCGUUGCAAAUUGUCGUGUCCAGUGGCUCGCCAGAGUGAAAACAAGAACAUCUACCUGGUCAGCAAGGAGACAUGGGAGAUCGGUGGCCUGGCCGUCAAGGAAUCAUCAGGGGAGGAGUGGAGUGUCCGCUUCAUGCUCAAACCAAAUUUUGAGGACAUUGGGAGGUCGUACCGAGUGGCCAUUGUGUCCAGCAAGUCUGACCCGAAAGUGCAGUCGUUUAAUGCGCCCUUCACGUGUGUGGACACUGGGGAUAUAGGCAAGCAGAUCGCCAUCUACGUGCCCGCCACGACCCUGCGCUGCAAUUCAAACCCGAACAGAUUGUGGGUCAGAGUUGGCAUUCAAGUCUCGGGUCGUGAUAAAAGUUGUGACAGAUAGGUGCAAUUUUCCUUCAGUUUUACAUUUACAGCUCGGGUAUGGCUUUUCUUUAUUGCGCACUGCUCCAGGAUGUCACUGGCCCUGCCUCAACAUAUUGGCAGUGAUUGCUGGAGGAGUUUGCAGGAUUGAGGCAGUGGUCACCCCUCCAAGGACCACAUCCAAGAAAUAAUUGAUGAUUUUGGAGGCUUGAGGUUGUAUGCAAGUUUUACAUGGAGGCAGUUGGAGGACUUUGCAGGAUUGAGGUUGCAUCCUAGCAAAAAAGCCUAGGGAGUUAGAGUUAAAUACUGUACCUCAAAAAACAAACUGUCUGGACAGCUGUGUUGUAGUCAAGUCUGUAGUAUCCUUACAAAGUCCUGCACAAGUUCUCACAAGGUGAUAACAACUUCACAAGUCCUCUUCACUUCAGACUAAGUCAAGUCACAAGCUUUUCAAAUGAAAGUUUCAGAGGCACUUCUUAGCCAUUGUUCAUCCACUGUUACAUGCACAUGCGAUUAGACUUGUAAAAGGACUUGUCAUGGAUUCGACUUCAACACUGCUAGGAAAUUUCAUUGACAUUCAUUUAUCUUGUGUAUGCACUGUAAUAUGUGUUCUGUUUUAACUUCUUUUUUUUGUGUGACACAGUUUGAUAGAGUAGCACUGCACCAUUUUAUUGUAAAGUUAGUGUUACUACAUGUUCUGUUAGUUUUAAGCAAUAAGAACUACAAUGUAUAUUAGUUGUGCUAGAUCAAAUUUUUUUUGGCGAGUUUUGAAGAAGGUGUGCACAUGUGAAAAUGGAACAUCUUUUUAGAAAUGAUUGAUUUCUUUUAAAGGAUGCCAUUUCAGGCAGACUAAUUUCAGAUUACUUUCACAGGGUAUUUGUUGUUUCCCACUAAAUUGGUAGGUACGUUUUUGGGUACUUUGUAAUUGCAAAAGUUCCUGCAUGCCUUGAACGUUCAUUAUAUUUACAAAAUGUUUCAUUAUAAAUGUGCAAUUUUUUCCCGGUGAGAUACGUGUAAUACACUUGUAUGGCUUUUUAUGCUUAAUAAUUUAUUGGUAAGAUUUACUCCUUCAAUUUUUAUCAGCUUUUUAUCAAAUAAACCACAAAGGGAAACUGACUCGGUGCAUUUAUAAAAUAAUUUUUUUCCCGGUUGAACGAAGAAAUUGACUGGAGCGGGGUUUGAACCUGCGACCUCUAGAUAACCGUUCCGGUACUCUACCAACUGAGCUGUCCAACCCCAUGUUGGUGGUUCUCCAUUUUGUCAAUGUCUUUGUUUAAGGGGCGUAUUAAAGUCAGAAGCCAUCAACUGGUAUCUGACACUAAGCCUGGGAUUACAAUCACGCCCAAAGUCACAAUGCUAGCAACGUUAGCAAUUGCUACAAUAUGAUGCUGUGGAUAUGUCAUUAUUUUAAUAAAUUUCAAAUAAACUGACAGGGUGCAUUAUAAUUAUUUUGCAGCUAGUUUGGUGAUUUAUUAGGUGUAAGAAUUAUAGAACGGGCUGCAGUUUGUUUUUUUUGUGAAGAUUUUUUACAAUAAGGAUUUUUUACAAUUUUGUUUACAUUGUACACUGUACAGGGUCGUUAAAAAAAAAGGACACCCACUUUAGACUGCAAUUUUCACCUGCUUAAUGAACUUAUUUUAAAUAUUUUUUUCACAUAGUAGUAAAGUAUAGGCCUUUAACCAUGCAUGGUGAAAAAGGCUUAGUAAAAGUCGCAAAAAUAGUGAUAUGCUAAUUUGAAUACAAGUCACCAAAAUCAGUAUUGUCCACGGGGUAUUCAAUGUAAAUUGGACGUUUUCGUAGUUCAUAAAAAUU